AAAAAUAUUUCCUUGGUAACAACAUUUUCCAGAAUUGUUGUUUUCACAUUUUUGUCCUGGGGGUCAGAUCAAAUCAGAGAGACAAUCAAUGAUGAUGUACUGUAUAUUUUGUUGUCGUAUUUUUGACACCAGCAAGACUCUAAGCGGUAUCAUCAAGCUUCACAGACAGACGGACGGAUUGUCAAAAUGACCGACAGAAGGACAAGAAAGAUGUGAAGUCAUAAUGCGGUCAGUCAAGAAAAGAGCAAGUCAGGCGAGGGGCGGGGCUUACUUGGUCAGGUGGGCUUGUCCACUGAGGUUCUCCCAUGAGCAGAAUGGCAGCCAGGAUAGAAACACUUGACUUUCCUUCCUUCUCCUCCGUCUGGAAAGGAUAACGCAGGAGAGCUAAGAGAACGCUAUUCUGGAAAAUUUGCAGCCGUGAGACAUGUGCUCCCUGAGGAAGGUCUCAUGCCUCUAACAGCUGUCGGCAUGGAUGAACACAAGAUGGAAAACCCAGCGGUGAUUUCCGCGUAAAGUCUGAAUAUUUGUCAUUUCUAUUAUGCUCCCGCCGGAAGGAUUAUGACAAGCCGUGGCUGCGUUUGUCUCUCUAAAUAUGAGUUUGCCAAGGAAGGGAAAAAAAGCCUCUGGCUGCGCAGUGAUGAAAGCAGUUUCAUCUGCAACUUCAUUAGAGGGACGAGGUGAAUGGUUUGAUCAUCUGCGUUCAGAGGAGAAGGUGGAUGCAGAUGGGGUACGUAUGGAGCCGAUUUGAUGAGACCUGAUCAAGCAUAAACAAAAAGAUUCGAAAGCUGCUCGGAGCAUGAGUGUCUUUCCUAUGGAUGAGACGUGUCGUAAUUGUAGCUCCACCACAGAGCCGAAGGUGGAUGUUGCCAAAAUGUUUUUCUUGGGAAUAGUGCUGGCAGUCUUCGUUGUGUUUGGCGUCCUUGGCAACAUCCUGGUGAUCCUCUCGGUGGUGUGCCAUCACCACUGGCGCUCUGUGACUCAUUACUUCAUCGCCAACCUGGCGGCGGCCGACCUGCUGCUCAGCUCUGCCGUCCUGCCUUUCUCCGCCACUUCAGAGGCGCUUGGCAGAUGGGUGUUCGGGCGGUCUUUCUGCAACGUCUGGGCGGCCCUGGAUGUCCUCUGCUGCACCGCCUCCAUCCUCAGCCUGUGCGUGAUUUCUAUCGACCGCUAUCUCGCCGUCAGCUACCCUUUGCGUUACCCGGCCAUGGCUACCGGCCGACGAGGCCUGGCUGCAGUGGCUGCUCUCUGGGGACUCUCGGCAGCCAUAUCCGUAGGCCCUCUGUUUGGCUGGAAGGAGCCUGACCCAGAAGACGACACGGUGUGCCGAAUCACGGAGGAACCCGGCUACGCCUUGUUCUCAGCCCUCGGCUCUUUCUACAUACCGCUGGCGAUCAUUCUCUCCAUGUAUUGCCGGGUGUAUAGCGUGGCGAGGAGGGAAACAGAAACUCUGAAGAUGGGUAGCGACGGAGCAGGACUUGAGUCCGAAGGGGUGAUUCUGAGGGUGCACAGGGGGAACGGCGCUCAAACGGGCAAGCGUGAAAACGACACCGGCACCGGGAGGUACAAACGGGUCACCGGUGCCUUACCGAAGAUGCUCAAGCUGCCAAGUGAGGAGAAAGCAGCAAAGACCCUUGGGGUGGUCGUCGGGUGCUUCGUUCUGUGCUGGCUGCCUUUUUUCCUCGUCUUCCCAAUUGGCUCCAUCUUCCCAUCCUGCAAGCCACCUGAGACGGUGUUUAAGGUCACCUUCUGGCUAGGCUACUUCAACAGUUGCAUUAAUCCCAUCAUCUAUCCGUGCUCCAGCCAGGAGUUCAAGAAAGCCUUCCAUAAUGUGCUCCGCAGCCUCUGCCUGAGAAAUGGCGAGACCCAAGGAGCCUACAAUUCCAGUCACUCCGCUAGUCCACGACCAGUAUCUAAUAGACCUGAUUUCUCGACGUCGAACGGUUCUUCUUCAUGGCGCUGCUGCGGGACGCUGCAUGUGUCCGCUGAACGUGGUUCCGAUGACGCGAGUUCAGCGAGUCUUCUGAGGUCGUGCUGCCUCUCAACUCGUCAAACGCCAGUACCUGAGUACUCCUCUGCAAAGGUCUUACGCCUUUCACUCAAGGUUCCUGGGGAAUCCGUUUGAUUCGUACUGUCCAGCACUUGGCCAAGUUUGAUCCUACAAGGAUCAAUCACAAGUACAGUCUGUACAUUUUCAUUCAUAUGUCAAAUGACACAAUAACCACGACUACUAUUCCCAAAACAGUCAUUUAAGUUGGAACAACUUAAAAAUAUGAACGCUUGACACACAUGGCAACAUUAUCAGUUAGCACAACAAAGC